GCUGGCGCCAAUGGCGGCAGGCGGAGGGGGCGGCUGACAGGAGCCGUUGCCCGUCGCGCCCAUUCAUUGCCGGCGCCCGCUGCCCCCCGGCCCCGCUCGCCCCGCCCGGCCCGGCUCCCCGCCGCUAUGGAGGCGCUGAUCCCCGUGAUCAACAAGCUGCAGGACGUGUUCAACACGGUGGGCGCCGACAUCAUCCAGCUGCCGCAGAUCGUCGUGGUGGGCACGCAGAGCAGUGGAAAGAGUUCUGUGUUGGAAAGUCUUGUGGGGAGGGAUCUGCUCCCACGAGGUACUGGAGUUGUCACCCGGAGACCCCUUAUUCUGCAGCUGGUGCAUGUUUCCCCAGAGGAUGGUCGGAAAACAGCUGGAGAUGAAAAUGAGAUUGAUGCUGAAGAGUGGGGUAAAUUUCUUCACACCAAAAAUAAGGUCUAUACAGAUUUUGAUGAAAUUCGUCAGGAAAUAGAAAAUGAAACGGAGAGGAUUUCAGGAAAUAAUAAGGGAAUCAGUCCUGAACCUAUUCAUCUUAAGAUUUUUUCAUCUAAUGUUGUAAAUCUGACGCUUGUGGAUUUACCAGGAAUGACAAAGGUGCCUGUUGGUGAUCAGCCUAAGGACAUUGAACUUCAAAUCAGAGAACUAAUCCUUCAAUUCAUCAGUAACCCAAAUUCAAUUAUUCUGGCAGUCACAGCUGCUAACACAGACAUGGCCACUUCAGAAGCACUUAAAAUUGCACGGGAAGUGGAUCCAGAUGGUCGAAGAACACUUGCUGUUAUUACAAAGCUGGAUCUCAUGGAUGCUGGCACGGAUGCUAUGGAUGUGCUCAUGGGAAGAGUGAUUCCAGUAAAACUUGGCAUCAUUGGAGUGGUGAACAGGAGUCAGUUGGAUAUUAACAAUAAGAAGAGCGUAGUUGAUUCUAUCCGUGAUGAGUAUGGCUUUCUUCAGAAGAAGUAUCCUUCCCUAGCCAAUCGAAAUGGAACCAAGUAUCUUGCUAGAACGCUGAAUAGACUACUCAUGCAUCAUAUCAGAGACUGCUUGCCAGAACUGAAAACUAGAAUAAAUGUUUUAGCUGCUCAAUAUCAAUCCCUACUAAACAGCUACGGGGAACCUGUUGAGGACAAAAGUGCCACUUUAUUACAGCUUAUUACCAAAUUUGCCACAGAAUAUUGUAACACUAUUGAAGGAACAGCAAAAUACAUUGAGACUUCGGAGCUAUGUGGUGGAGCCAGAAUCUGUUACAUUUUUCAUGAGACCUUUGGACGAACCUUGGAAUCUGUUGAUCCAUUAGGUGGCCUUAACACUAUUGAUAUUCUGACUGCCAUUAGAAAUGCUACUGGUCCCCGUCCUGCCUUGUUUGUUCCUGAAGUUUCAUUUGAAUUGCUGGUAAAAAGGCAAAUCAAACGUUUAGAAGAGCCUAGCUUGCGCUGUGUGGAGCUGGUUCAUGAAGAAAUGCAGAGGAUUAUCCAGCAUUGUAGCAAUUACAGUACACAGGAAUUAUUAAGAUUUCCUAAAUUACAUGAUGCCAUAGUUGAAGUAGUGACCUGUCUUCUGCGUAGAAGACUUCCAGUCACAAAUGAAAUGGUUCAUAAUUUGGUCGCCAUUGAGUUAGCCUAUAUCAAUACAAAACAUCCAGACUUCGCUGAUGCCUGCGGGUUAAUGAAUAACAACAUAGAGGAACAAAGGCGUAACAGGUUAGCCCGAGAAUUGCCUUCUGGUGUACAACGAGACAAGUCUACUAAAGCUCCAGGUGCAUUGACACCUGCCUCCCAGGAGACUGUUACUGCUGCUUCUGCAGAGGCUGAUGGCAAGGCUGCCCCUGGCGUGGGAGAUGCAUCCCAAGAGCCUGGAACAGGUAACUGGAGAGGAAUGCUGAAACCCUCAAAAGCAGAAGAGGUGUCAGCAGAGGAAAAAUCCAAAUCAGCUGCAGCCCUACCUGCUAGUCCUCAAAAAGGACAUGCUGUAAACCUAUUAGAUGUGCCUGUGCCUGUUGCACGCAAGCUUUCUGCCCGUGAACAACGAGAUUGUGAAGUGAUUGAACGGCUUAUUAAGUCUUACUUCCUUAUUGUCAGGAAGAACAUUCAGGACAGUGUGCCAAAGGCAGUGAUGCAUUUUCUGGUGAACCAUGUGAAAGACACUCUCCAGAGUGAGCUGGUAGGACAGCUAUAUAAAUCCUUGUUGUUGGAUGACCUUCUGACCGAAUCGGAGGACAUGGCACAGCGCAGAAAAGAGGCAGCUGACAUGCUAAAGGCCCUGCAGCGAGCCAGUCAGAUCAUUGCAGAGAUUCGUGAGACACAUCUUUGGUGAAGUCUGUACCAGUCACACUAUUUAUCUGGAUUGGAGGAUACAUUGACUUGAAAAUUGCGAGGCAUGGUAUACGGAGUAGAAUUUUUAUUUAUGAACUCUUAUCUGUGUACUGCAGCUAUAUAAAUCUGUUCAUGUAAGGACGGUUUGAUUUGCAAACAGAAAAAUAUGCUGUAUUUUGCAAAAUAAGUAAUAUUUAAUCCACAUAAUAAAUGGCUCUAAAUGUUUCCUUACCAGCUUUCUGGUGCAAAUUAAAGCAGACCAAGUCUACUGUCUCACUGACAGUCUCAUUUGAACUUGGGAAAAAAACAUUAAAUUUCCAGUGCCUGACUUGCUAAACAGAUUGCCUGUGGUUAAGAUGGACAGUGUAGUCUUGUGGCAUAGUUUAAGCUGCUUUUACAAUAGAAGUUUAAAUACUGUGAAGAGAAGAGAGCACCACGUAUUUUCCUUCCUGAAUAUAUUGCAUGCACUAUGGCAGAUGGAGAUCUCAAUUUUAUAGCACAGUAGAGAUGUCUACCAUAUUACUAUAUAUGUGUGUCCCCAUUUUUUGCAGAAUGUUUAAACUAUGGACAAAACUUUGAACUUCAUUUAAUGGGGUUUCAGCUAGGAUAAAAUGGCCUGGAGGUUGCAGAGAAGUAAGAGCCUACUACAGAGUGGGUACAAAGUUAUUAACGUGCACUGGAGCUUGUGUAUAAAUGUUGGGGAAGAUAAUCAGGUGCAAGAACACCUUCCCCUCCCUCUCUCCCGGGACCAAGCGCCUGGACCAUCCACUAGUAAAUUUGUUCUGGUAGAAUUGAAAAAUAAAAAUGAAUUUCAAAACCGUUA